CGGGGCGGGGCUGAGGGAGGCCUGCGGCCUGCGGCGGGAUGCGGAGCCUGGAGGUAGACGGCCGGCGCUGAGACCCACCGUGCCCGGCAGAGCCACAGCGCGGAGGGGGAGGCCGCGGCCCCCGCAACAUGAGCGGCAGCCGGCCCCGAACGAGCGCCUGGGCCGAGGCGGCCUCGGGGUCCGGCGUCAAAACUCGAGAUGGUAAUAAGGUCACAACAGUGGUGGCCACACCAGGUCAUGGGCCCGACAUUCCCAAGGAGGUAUCCUACGCAGAUAUUAAGAUCAUCGGUAAUGGGUCCUUCGGCGUGGUAUACCAGGCCAAGCUGGUGGACACUGGAGAGCUCAUCGCCAUCAAAAAGGUUCUGCAGGACAAGAGGUUCAAGAACCGAGAACUACAGAUUAUGCGGAAGCUGGACCAUGUGAACAUCGUCAAGUUACGUUACUUCUUCUACUCCUCUGGGGAGAAGAAAGAUGAGGUUUACUUAAAUCUGGUUCUAGACUACGUUCCAGAGACGGUUUAUCGAGUCGCCCGGCACUUCAACAAGGCCAAGCAACCCAUUCCCAUGAUCUACAUCAAGGUGUAUAUAUACCAGUUAUUUCAGAGCCUCGCAUACAUUCACUCCCAGGGCGUCUGCCACCGCGACAUCAAACCACAGAACAUGCUGGUGGAUCCUGAGACCGCCAUCCUCAAGCUCUGCGACUUCGGCAGUGCGAAGCAGCUGGUGAAGGGUGAACCCAAUGUAUCAUACAUCUGCUCCCGAUAUUACCGAGCACCAGAGCUCAUCUUUGGAGCUACAGACUACACAUCCAAUAUCGACGUCUGGUCGGCUGGCUGUGUGCUGGCAGAGCUGCUGCUGGGACAGCCCAUAUUCCCCGGGGACAGUGGUGUGGACCAGCUGGUGGAGAUCAUUAAGAUACUGGGCACCCCUACCCGGGAACAGAUCCGCGAAAUGAAUCCCAACUACACAGAGUUCAAAUUCCCACAGAUCAAAGCACAUCCGUGGACGAAAGUCUUCAAGGCGCGGACCCCCCCGGAAGCCGUAGCGCUCUGCAGCCGCCUGCUGGAGUACACACCUGCCCUUCGCCUCUCCCCACAGGAGUCCUGCGCCCACCCGUUUUUCAACGAGCUGCGAGACCCCAGCACCCGGCUGCCCAACGGCCGGGAGUUGCCUCCCCUCUUCAACUUGAGUCCAGCCGGAGAAGCAACUUCGUCGGACUCGAACCAAGCAUCCACCAGCACAUCGUUUGCCAACUAAACCGAGGACUAGCAGCGCAGUGCACACCCUUCCCCACCCCUCUUAGCCCUAUCCCUGACCCACCUUAUCGUCCCCAACCCUAUCUCCAUCCUCAUUCUCAACUCCUGUCCCCAUCUCCAUUCCUCCUACUCCUAACCCUAUCCCACAGUCCCACAGUUCAGCUCAGGUACUCCUCCCUUCCCAAACUCCACACACCUUGCCUCCUUGUACUCUGACCCACUCUACAUCAAACCCCUUCUCUCCUCUCAAUCCCAUUCACCUCUCUCCCUUCACCCCUUUUCCUCUCCCCUCCCACCUGCCUGUGCUCUCCCCUGCCUCUCCCCACCCCAUCACCCUCUCCCUCCCCUCCCCUCCCCUCCCCCUCUCUCCCUCCCCUAUCCCACUCUCCCCUACCCCCUCUCCCUCGCCUUCCCCUCUCUCUCCCUCCCCUUCCCCCUCGUUCCCACCCCAACCCCAUCUCCCCCUCCCCCUCCCUAUCACCUUGCCCUUACUCAUUUGCUCUCUCCGCACUACCCUCCCAUGUACCUUCCUUUCCUUAUUCCCUGAAACCCCAUCUUUUGCUGUUCCCAAUUUCCUUCCCUCACUCUCUGACACCUUCCCUCUGAUUUCCAUUUCCUCUUCUCUGCCUCCCCUCGCCCUUGCUUCCCUCUUCUGCCUAACCCCUCCCUUCUCCCCUUUGGUUCCUCUGUUCCCAACCCCACCCCUUGCUCCAUCUGCUGGCUGCUGCACCAUUGUAACCACCGCGUCUGGACGGAGGGCACGGCUCAGUCUUACCUGGUGCCAUCUGCUCUGGCUGGCGUCUCCUGCGUGCAUCUGCUCUCUGGGGCAUUGUACAGUGUAGGCGGGUACAUUGUUGGUCUGCCAUCCCCUUCGUCUCUUGUUUUAUUUGUCUAACAUUUUAAUUAAAUCCAAAAUGGAGUUUUUUUUUAAAGCUUGU